CAUAUCUUCCAAGUCCAAUCCCUUUAGUCGCCACCACUGCCACGAGCACCACCAUUACUACCAGCUCAAAGUCUCCUCUCCAUCUCCCGGCCCUCCCUUCAUCCUCCUUCCUUUGCCCCGCCUAUUCUGCCGGCCAAUUUGGCCGGAGAAAUCGACGAACUCCCGGAUUUCUCAUUAUGGGAUUUGCUCUAUCUCCUCUGGAAACCCGCCUCAGGUUGCUCUGGACCACCAGCUUCUUCCGCCACAAGUUCGUCGACUGUUAGUACAGAGUGCCGUCCAGGGUGCAACAACAGUUGUGGCUUUGAGGUGUAAGAUUCUCUUCAUAUAUACAAGUGACGUCCUGAAAUUAGAGCUGUAGAUUUGAUUAUCUUGUUGGAAGGAUUUCUCCCUUCCGGCGGAUGGAUUCCGGUCGUCUUUUCGUUAACGGCUGCCCGGGGAAUAUGUUCUUCUUCGGGAACCCCGACCCCAUUUUCCAAGCGUCCCGGUCGAUGAUCGCCAUCGAGAAGGCGUUGCCGCAGUCGUUCUACGGAAUACCGGACGAGUUGCUGGACGACGAGCUGCUGGACGAGCACACGCCGGAGAAGAAGCGGCGGCUGACGCCCGAGCAGGUCCACCUGCUGGAGAGGAGCUUCGAGGCGGAGAACAAGCUGGAGCCGGAGCGGAAGUCUCAGCUGGCGAGGAAGCUCGGGCUGCAGCCGAGGCAGGUGGCGGUCUGGUUCCAGAACCGGCGGGCCCGGUGGAAGACCAAGCAGCUGGAGCGGGACUACGACCUCCUCAAGUCCGCCUACGACUCGUUGACCUCCGACUACCAGGGCCUGGUCAGGGAAAACGAGAAGCUCAAGUCGGAGGUCGUCUCACUGCAAUCGAAACUGAGAGCAAAGGGGACGGUGGAUCAGCAAAAACAGAUCUCGCUGCCGGAAACAGGUGCUGCUAGUGCAGGAUCAGGAGGUAAGCCGGAGGAAGGCCUGAGCUCCGGCGGAAGCGUGGUUGUGGACGACGACGGCCCGCAGCUGAUCGACAGCGGGAACUCCAGCUUUCUGGGAUACAUGAGCAUGCAACCAGAUGAUGAAGAUAAGGAAAGGAACGAGCAGUUGUGCAUGGACGGAGAGGGAUCAAGCUAUUUUUCGGACUUCUGCGGCAUGGCUGAGCAACCGGAGGAAGAAAACUUCGGCUGGUUGGCCUGGCCUUGAACUCCAAGGACUAUCUCAAUGGGGAAAAUGUGUGGAUACAAAUAAUGUGUAUUUGGAACUCUAUUAUAAGUGGAUACUAGUAUUACUAAAGCGAUGAUGCCUCUGUAUUGUUUGUUUUCGAAUAAACUUCUCAAAAGGCCCUUAACUUUC